AUGACUACGGUCGUGGGCAUGGGCAACUGGUCGGCCCAGGACCGGGGGGGCAUCAUGUGGGGGGCUCCGCCGGGGGCCUGGAUACGCUUCUUGCGGAGGGUGUGCAGGGUGGUGGUGAUCGACGAGCACAGGACUUCCAAACUGUGCUGCGCCUGUCACACCACCCUGCUCGCCCACCAGUACAUGCGGGUCUGCAACGGCGUGGAAACGUGGACGGAACUGUGGGACACGAAGCGGUGCACCAACAGGGCCUGCAAGGUCAACGUCGUCAACCGCGACGUGAAUGGAGCGGUGAACAUCCUGAUGCUGACCAAGUACUCCCGUGGUAGCCUCGAGCUCCUUGAGCAGCGUGAUCUGCCCACCACCACGCGCUACGUCUCUGUGCGGGGUUCAGAGGACGCAUGGCGGGCCAUACGGGACAUGACCGUGCGGGGCGCGCCAGCCAUCGCCAUUGCCGCCGUGCUCAGCCUUGCGGUUGAGCUGGUGGUCCAGGGGGAGGGAUCCCAGUUUUCAGACGCGGCCCAGGCCUCCCAGUACAUCCAGGAUCGCCUGGAGUACCUGGUGUCUAGGUGGACGGCGGUGGCGGGGGCGGAGGCCAUGCUGCGCGACGACGUGGCCGCCAACCGCGAGCUGGGCGCGCUGGGCGCCGACGCUGUGGCGUGCGCGGCGGGGGUAACCGCGCCGCUGCGCCUGCUCACCCACUGCAACACGGGCAGCCUGGCGACGGCGGGGUACGGCACCGCGCUGGGCGUGGCGCGCGCGCUGUGGGGCUCAGGCCGUCUGGCGCGCGUCACCUGCACCGAGACGCGGCCCUACAACCAGGGCGCGCGGCUGACGGCCUACGAGCUGGCGGCCGACGGCGUGCCGGCCACGCUGAUCGUGGACGGCGCGGCCGCCGCGCGCAUGGCCGCGGGCGAGGUGGACGCCGUGGUGGUGGGCGCGGAUCGCGUGGCCGCCAACGGCGACACGGCCAACAAGAUCGGGACCUACGCGCUGGCGGUGGCCGCCGCACACCACGGCCUGCCUUUCUUCGUGGCUGCGCCCACCACCACGCUGGACCCCGCCACGCGCGCCGGCGCCGACAUCGCCAUCGAGCAGCGCGACCCGCAGGAGAUCACCCACUUCCGGGGGGUCAGGGUGGCGGCGGAGGUCCCCGUCUGGAAUCCCUCCUUCGAUGUGACCCCCGCCGCGCUCAUCACCGGCAUUAUCACGGAGGCCGGGCUCAUCUCUCCGUCGCGCCCGGGGGGUGAGUACGAUGUGCCCGCUUUCCUGGCCGCGCGGAGAGACAAGGCCGGGGUCGAGCAAGCAGCUGCCGCUGAGAAUGGGCACGGCAGGCAAGCGCAAUCCGCCAGGGAUCCUGAGAAGGGUGUGGUGGCAGCCGCUGAGCAGCCUGCAAAGGGCACACAGGCACGAGGCGUAGACUCAGACGACAGCAGGCCAACAGGCGCCGCGGCACCGCAAGGAAGCAGCCCGGCGCAGCCCCUGGGAAGGCAGGGCGUGCGCGAGUUUGUGAGUCAGCGCCCCGAGCUGGCCGUCCACGUGGGGGAGCCCUCCACCGCCUCAGAGUGGGACGUCAGGGAGGUUGGGGACGGCAACAUCAACUUCGUGUACAUUGUCACCGGGCCCGCAGGCGCGCUGUGCCUGAAGCAGUCGCUGCCCUACGUGCGCAUGGUGGGGGCGGGCUGGCCCUUGACCCAGGCGCGGCUGGCGGUGGAGGUGGAGGCCCUGCGCACCCAGGCCCGGCUCUGCCCGCGCCACGUCCCCGCCGUCUACACCUUCGACCGCGCCCUGGCGGUGGUGGGCAUGCAGUGCGUGCCGCCGCCUCACACCAUCCUGCGUGGCGCGCUGGUCAGGGGGGAGGUCUUUCCCCGGCUCAGCGAGCACGUCGCCCAUUUCCUCGCAGCCACGCUGUUCAACACCUCCUUCCUGGCGCUCAGCCCCCAGGCCUUCCAGGAGCAGACAGAGCGCUUUGCCAACCGCGGGAUGUGCGAGCUGACGGAGCAGGUGAUCUUCUCCGACCCCUACCACGGCGCGCCGCACAACCGCGCCGCCAGCCCCCACCUCGCGACGCUCGCCCUGCUGCACGGCGACUUCCACACCGGCUCCCUCAUGGUCGCCCAGGACAGCACCUACGUGAUUGACGCCGAGUUUGCCUUCUGCGGGCCCAUCGCCUUUGAGCUGGGCAAGUGGGUGGCAAACCUGCUCCUAGCCUUCUUCGGCGCGACGGGGCACGGACACGACACAGCAAAGGCGCGCAGGCAAGAGGAGUGGCUGCUGCAGACGGCUCGCGAGAGCAUCGACGGCUUCCUCGCGGGGUUCCAGACUCUCUGGCUCCAGCAUGGCGCCAGCGAGGAUGGCGGCGUCGCCUCCGCCAGCCUCUUCGAGGGCCCCGACGAGCUCGUCCCCGUGAUCGAGGCAUUCCUCCAGGACGUGACGCGCGACGCGGCGCACUUCGCCGGGGCGGUCAUGAUCAGGCGCAUCGUGGGCAUCGCCCGUGUGGCGGACCUGGAGACCAUCCAAGAUCCCCAGCUCAAGUGCGUGGAGGGCGGGAGGAGGGUCUGGGCGCGUGAUGCCUGCUGA